GUCGGUUUCAGUUGUGCAAUUGGGGGUCUGGGGGUUGCAGAGGUGUCAGAAUGAGGAACUGUGUGGUUUCCGUGUUGCUGAACUCACUCAACAAAGAGUGGCUGGAGGUACUGUUAGCAUGGCGCUGGUGUCCCUCUCCACACCUUUGAAGAGCUGCUUAAAGCCCCGCCCGGUUCUGGACCCGGUGGCCCUGCUGACGGCCGCGCACGCCGCCGCCAAGCAGGCUCAGGGGAAGACAGAGGAGCAGCUAGCUGCAGAGCAGGCCUGGUACCUGACGGACAAAGUAUGGCUGGUCCACAAAGAUGGAUUCUCCCUCGCCACCCUGCUGAAGACGGAGGCCGGCAGUCUGCCCGAGGGGAAGGUGAAGGUCAGACUGGACAGCGACGGAUCCCUGCUGGAGGUCGACGAAGACGAUGUGGAGAAGGCCAACCCGCCCCACCUGGACCGGGUGGAGGACCUGGGAUCUCUGCGCUCCCUGAACGAGUCCAGCGUGAUCCACACCCUGAGGCAGCGCUACGGGGGGAACCUGGCCCACACGCACGCUGGCCUCAACAUGGUGGUGCUCAACCCCGUCAGCACACCCGCCAUGUACUCUGAGAAGGUCAUGCACAUGUUCAAGGGCUGCCGGCGGGAGGACACUGCGCCCCACAUCUAUGCCAUGGCCCAGACGGCGUACCGCAGCCUGCUGACCACGCGGCAGGACCAGUCGGUGGUGCUGCUGGGCAAGAGCGGCAGCGGCAAGACCACCAACGCCCAGCACCUGGUCCAGUACCUGGUCACCAUCGCUGGCAGCCCCAGCAGGACCUUCUCCGCGGAGAAGUGGCAGGCGGUGUACACCGCCCUGGAGGCCUUUGGCCACGCCUCCACCUCCCUGAACCCCAACGCCAGCCGCUUCACCCACGUGGUGGCGCUGGACUUCGACCAGGCCGGGCAGGUCACCUCCGCCUCUAUACAGACGAUGCUUCUGGAGAAGACGAGAGUGACCAGGAGACCAGAAGGAGAAGCUACCUUCAACGUCUUCUACUACCUCCUCGCUGGAGUAGACAGCUCUAUGAGAACGGAGCUUCACCUGAACCACUUCGCUGAGAACCACGCGUUUGGAAUCGCUCCUCACCAGAAGGCGGAGGACAAGCAGCGAGCUGCCCAGCAGUUCUCCAAGCUGCAGGCGGCCCUGAAGGUCCUGGGGGUCAGCGGGGAGGAGCAGAAGGCCUUCUGGCUGGUCCUGGGGGCCAUCUACCACCUGGGGGCCGCAGGGGCCACCAAGGGUGAGGCCCCGGUCCCACACGGCCCCGCCCGGCUGCAGAACACCUGCUCACACCUUUCACUGACAUUCAGCAGACGUUCUCAUCCAACACGGCUCAGAGAACCAAGAGUACCAGGGAACUCUGAGAGCCGCGUGUGGAACACGGAGCGGCGCUGUCUGCUCCGGCUCUGUUCUCUAUCCAGCUUCAGCCGCCCUGCUGAGCGGCUCUCAGCAGCAGAGACAUCAUUUCACGGAGACGAGACGGAGACGGACUCGGAGGUGGAGGACCGCGUGGACGGCGUCAAGUCCUGGCUGUCCAAGAACAAGGGCUCCACCAAGGCCCCGUCGGACGAGGGCAGCCUGAAGAGCGCAAGACACGCGGCCAACGCGGACCCCAAGGAGGGGAAGGAGGGCAAGGAGAAGGCGUCGGACGGGGGGAGAGAGGGUCAGGAGCCGGACCUGAGCCGCUCGGUGUCGGUGAUGAGCACCCUGAGCUACAGGAAGCGCUCCAACCUCAAGGACUCCAUCGGGGGGAAGGGCGACGAGAGCUCGCUGUUCAGCGCGCUGAAGGAGCAGCCCGACGGCCACGACCACGCCGCCCUCCGCAAGGCCAAGGCCAAGCCCGGCGGCGGCGGCGGCGACGCCCCCGACGACCGCAGGAAGUCCACGACCGACGACAUGGACGACCGCGGCUCCGUCAUCUCCGCGGCGUACUCGGAGGCGGCCAGCCGCGCCCGCAAGGGCCUGGACCGCCGCUGGACCGCGUCCCGCGGCGGCGGCGGUGGCGCCAGCCCCGACGCCGACUCCGUGGUGUCCUCGCUGGCGCCCAGGCGGCGGCCGGCGGCGUUUGACGACGACGACGACGACGACGACAAGUCGACGAUCAGCAGCGUGAGCCGCUUCAGCCCACGCUCGCUGCAGCGCAGCACCUCCUGGAAGGAGGAGCGCCGCGCCGGCUCCCGCCUGUCGCUGGCGCGCAGCUGCGGCCUCAGCGAGUUCGGCGUGUGCGUGGACGAGGACGAUGACGAGGACGCCCGCAGCCUGGCCUUCACCGGGGGCGGGGGGUCGUCCUACAGCCCCCGCUCGCCGCGCGGCCGGAGCUACUCCCAGCCGCCCCGGCCCCGCUCCUCCGAGGGGAACGGCGCGGCGGUGGCGGCGGCGGACGGCGCGGACGCCAAGCCCGUCACGCACCGCAACUACCUGGACCCCGACCUGGAGGCGGCCAUCAACGAGGUGCUGAGCUUCAAGCCCAUCAAGUUCAAGAGGAGCAAGAUGGAGGACUCCGGCGAUGAGGGGGAGGAGGGGGAGGGCUUGCUGGCACCGGGGGGAGGAGGAGCGGGGGAGGACGGCCGGAAGGGCGUGUCUCGGCUGAAGGGAGACGACGAAGGCCCGGGCCGGAGCACCACAACCACCUCCUCCAGCCUGUCCCGCUCGGCGUCGGGCUCGGCGCUGGACCACGGCCACCGCUCGGCCAGCAGCUUUAGCUCCGCCUCCAGCCGCAGCCGCAAGCCCAAGAAGAAGAGCAAGGCGUCCUCCUCGGAGAGCUCCUCCUCGGACGCCGGCCGCAGCCGGAGCCGCAGCUCCAAGGGGCAGAAGAAGAACAAGAAGUCCAAGAAGAAGUCCAAGAAGAAGGAGGCCAGCGAGUCGGAGGACUCCUCCUCGUCCUCCUCUUCCUCCUCCUCCUCGUCCUCCUCCUCGUCUUCGUCCGGGAGCUCCUCGUCGGGCUCCACCAUCUCGUACCGGAGCUCCAGCAGUGUGAAGAAGGGUCUGGCGAGGCGGCCGCGGCUCUCGGACGACGACGACGACGACGCGCCCCCCAGCCGCUCGGCCAAGCACGGCAAGAAGGAGAGCAAGAAGGAGGGCAAGAAGAAGAAGGAGGGCAAGAAGAAGGUGGACAACCUGGUGAUGAAGUACCUGUACCAGCCCGACAGCGACUGAGAGCCCAGGCCGGUGGGACGGCGAGCGUCCUCCAGUGUACAGAAGACACCUGUGUGGCCCCCGACCAGAGGAGGAUGCCGGAGACCCCCCCACGAAGCCCCCGACACUGAGACCCCCCCUGGACUCCCCAGCGCCGGAGACCCAGGCCUGACCCGGCCUCACCUCCCUCUUCCUCACCCCCCCUUUCUCACCUCAUCUUCCUCAUUAUCAUCGUCCUAACCUCCCUCACCCUCAUCUUCUUCAUCAUCUUCCUCUUCCUCUUUCACUUCCACUCCCCUCCCUCAUCUCCCUAUCUUCAUCCUCCCCCCUCCUCCCCUUCCUCAU